CUCGUUUUUAUUCCCAAAAUCAAAGAAAUUCUCACGCACAAGUCCUUCGUCGACGAAGCCGUGAAUUCACAGCGAGCGAAAGAGAGAGGAAGAGAGGAAGAGAGGAAGAAGACGAGGAGAUGUGCUUCUGCUUCUUCGCGUGCGUGGGUCAAGCGAGCGUUGGGGUGGUGGAGAAAUGGGGGCGGUUCCUCAAGCUCGCCGAUCCUGGUCUCCACUUCUUCAAUCCAUUCGCCGGCGAGUGGCUCGCCGGCGUCCUCUCCACCCGCAUAGCCUCCCUCGACGUCAAAAUCGAGACCAAGACCAAGGACAAUGUCUUUGCGCAAUUGGUUUGCUCAAUUCAAUAUCGCGUUAUCAAGGAAAAUGCUGAUGAUGCAUUCUAUGAGUUGCAAAACCCUAGAGAACAGAUUCAAGCUUAUGUCUUUGAUGUUGUUCGGGCUCAUGUUCCUAGAAUGACUCUAGAUGAGCUUUUUGAGCAGAAGAAUGAUGUGGCACAGGCUGUCUUGGAGGAACUUGAAAAGGUGAUGGGAGCCUAUGGCUACAACAUAGAGCAGAUUCUCAUGGUUGACAUUAUACCUGAUGCCUCGGUGCGCAAAGCAAUGAAUGAGAUAAAUGCAGCCCAACGACUUCAGCUUGCGAGUGUCUACAAAGGAGAGGCUGAGAAGGUCCUUAUGGUGAAGAGAGCCGAAGCUGAGGCAGAAGCUAAGUUCCUUGGAGGUGUCGGAGUGGCAAGGCAGCGCCAGGCAAUUACUGAAGGCCUGAGAGAAAACAUUGUGAACUUCUCCGACCGAAUAACUGGCACCUCUGCCAAGGAGGUGAUGGACUUGAUUAUGGUCACACAGUACUUUGACACUAUUAAAGACCUUGGAAACUCAUCAAAGAACACCACAGUCUUCAUACCGCACGGCCCUGGCCAUGUGAAAGACAUAGGCAACCAAAUCCGCAAUGGAAUCAUGGAAGCUUCAUGCAGUCAGACACAGCAGUAAUCUUUUGCAGCUUGGUUUGCAUUUGAAACUAAUAAAGUUUUUUUGGAUUACAUGCAAUAUCAUCUGUUAGUUCUGGGAUUUUAGUAUACCUAUUUUCUACAUUGUCUAUGUGCUCCCCUUCUUCAAAGUGAACAAUAAAUAGAAUGCCAAUGGCUGCAUGUGCAAAAUGUUUUUGUUCUUUUUGAUUGCUGAACCACUUAUGUACAGAAUGUUGGGCUUCCUUUCUCAUUUGCAGGAGUUAGCCAUGGAAUAGUUGACAAGUUUCAAUGGGUCUCUUUUGUCCCAAUCGUUCUUGA